CUUCAAUUUCAUCCGAGGCAGCUGUUCUCUCACAUUCUCGCACUUUCCCACACUUUCUCGCACUUUCUCCCUCCCUCAUCAAACACUCUCAAUGGCGGCGAGGAACGCUCUUCUGAAGUACCUGAGAGUGGAAGCUCGACGCCUGCCGCAAAACCCUAAUAUUCCUUUCCAACUAUCUUUCAAUUUGAUACGACGCCAUUUCUCCGAGGAGAUCAGAGGAACUUUCCUCGAUAAAUCUGAGGUCACGGAUCGAGUAAUCUCCGUCGUCAAGAACUUCCAGAAAGUGGAUCCUUCUAAGGUUACACCAACCGCUAAUUUCCAGACUGAUCUUGGGUUAGAUAGCUUAGACGCUGUGGAGGUUGUGAUGGCACUUGAAGAAGAGUUUGGGUUUGAGAUCCCUGACAAUGAAGCAGACAAGAUCAACACCAUCAACGUCGCUGUUGACUUCAUCUCUUCCCACCCUCAGGCCAAAUAAAGGAAGAAUAUGAACCCAUCGUUCUCUUUAUUUUCUCUCCCCUUUCCUACAAUGACUGAGAAGUAAGUUACAUGCGGAAAACUAUCCCAUUUGCUUUUCCCAAAAUUUCUGUCUGUAGAAGAUGGUUUCGAAUAUUUUCCAUCAUCUAUGGUACUACUUUUGCAAUUGCUGGAAACUUGAUGGCCUAAUGUGCUAAACAUCUGGUUGAGAUUACUGGUUUGAUUGCUUUAGUGAGAUUCUAUUUCAAUAAAACAUCAUGUAGGUCAUUGCUUAUGAGAAAA